UAACAAACAAUUUCCUUGUGGACAACUAAAUGAAUGUUUACUAUACCACAAAUUGUAAACAAACCUGCUUGAUUCCCACGCAAAAGUGUCAAGAGCGUUAAGUUUGCCUUUAUAUUUGAUGGUGUCCUUUUGGAAAGCCGGAAGCAAUCUCCUGGCUGCAGGCAGGCGCAUUUCCUCAUUUCUACGUCAGUGGGUUAGUGGCAUCCACCGCAGCACUGGAACACCUUCACCAGUGCUCCAGCCAGUGGAGUGGCAGGCCAGAGCCCAUUUGGCUGAGAGCCAGACUUGGAGUAAAAACCAGUUUGGGGCGCUAAAGAGCGGGUCAGCCCCCGCUUAAGCUCUCUUAGCUGUUUCAGCGGUGGGCUUCGCUGCCGAAAUACCACGAUUUUGCACAUUCGCCAAUUGGAGCUGGGAGUCUGAAGCGGUCGCUCGCUGUAUGAACAACGUAGUCGCGCUUGCCCAAUAAUAAAGCAACCCAGUACCCAGUACCACCUGUAUUCCCACCAGCGAUGAGUGAUCAGUGAGUGAGUGAGUGCCACAGACUGCAGCAGUGACUCCAAAAUCGGAAAGGUCAGUGGCUUAGUGACCCCCAGUAAGUGAAUCAGACGCAAUGAGAUUGGUCUGGUUGCAGCUCCUGGCUGCGGGGGGAGCCCUCUACCUGACCAUCGGUUGUGCAACGGCCGCCAAGGCAUCCACCACAAGCCGCGGAGUUGCACAAUACAAGCUCCCGCUCCCAGCUCCACAGCCAGCCCACGAAACUGCGGUGGUUUCAGGACCGGAUCAGCAUCAGUCCAGGCGGCCACAGCAGCAGGGUGCAUCCAACCAGCGGAGGCGCUCUCAGGUCGUCCGCCGGCGCAGGCCCUCCUCAUCCAACACAACUACAACAACCACCACCACCUCCUCCACCACCACAACAACGUCAACAACAACUACCACAACAACUCCGCGUCCCAGCUUGGCCAACGGCUUCAACUUCUUCAAUCGGAACUUCUGGAGCUUUGGCCAGCAGAGCUUGGUGGCAGUGCGUCCGCCCACCAAGCAGCCUCAUCCGCCCAAGAAGUUCAGUCCCAAGGAGGACAAGUCUAGUCAGCGCAAGCCAGCCAAGACCACCAGGAAACCUUUGGCCAACACAACGGGUAGAACAUCCACAACAACCACACUGAAGCCCACCACGGAUGGUCCCUUCCGGAUCGCCCUGCCCACCCUCAACUUUCCCAGCGAUGACAAGGAGAAGGAUAAGGAGAAGGACAAGGAGAAGGGCAAGCGGGCGGCUGCCGAGCUCCGAUUGAGGUUCGAUUGUCCCCGGGAGAACGAGGUGAGGUUCCAGCUCUUCCCCAAGAUCUGCAAGACGGAUCGGGACUGCGCCGUCUGGCAGAGGGAUGAGCUGUGCUGUGAUAUCUUCGGGGCCAGCAGCUGUGUCUCCGGGGUGCCCAAGCCUUUGGAGGAGACGCCACAUGCUCCCAUUCUGGGCUUGAUACCACGCAAGUGCCCCAGUAGACCGCUGGCCGAGCUCUGGUGGGAUGUACAGGAGUGCAGCUCGGACAUGGACUGCUGGCCAAGGGUCUGUUGUCCCGAUGGCCGCAGAAGGUACUGCCGCACCUCGCAGCCGGAGCUGGAAACUGCCCCAGUGCCUGUGAAGCGCUCUUUCGACUACCUUACGGAGUACCUAGAGUGCACGGCUCCACCCCCGCCCAUUUUUGACCUGCACCCCAAGGCGUGCACCUCCACAUUGGACUGUUUUCCGAACGUAUGCUGCCAGGAGGCGGGACUCCGGCACUGCCGACCGCCCAAGAAGUCCGUGCUCACCCUGAUGGCCAACUUCCUGAACGUGGACUUCGUGAAGCGACUGGCCCAGAAUAUCGUUAUCAAGUAGGCCGCGAAUUUCCCACUAUUUUGUACCUAAUGUGCGUCGACGUCGAGCACCUUCAACAAAACCGUUUCGAAACUGCCGUGAUAUCUCCGGUCGUAUUUGUUUGGCCACGCUGAUAACCAAAAAGAAAACAUGCCCACACAUACAUAUGUACUUGUACUGCGCACUAAGUGUACCCUACGAUCCCCCGUAAUCCUCCAUUAAUGUUCACCUAGCCUAGUAUUAGACAUAAGCUGCAUUCGUAGGCUAACA